AUGGGCCGUGCAAAAAUAGCUAUGAAAUACAUCCAAAAGGGGAAAUCUCGCAAACUAUCUUACAAUCAGAGAAUAAAUGGAUUAAAAAGCAAAAUUUCUGAAUUUUCUAAGUCCGGAGCAAAAGCUUGCUUGAUUGUGUACAAUGAUGAUGAUAAUUUUGGAGCGAUGACAUGGCCAGAAGAUCCAACAACCGUAAACUCCAUGCUUCAAGAAUAUGAGCAUCAAAAGAUUGAGACACCUCCUAAGAUAUUUGAUGUCAAAGACUACUUUGAAAAUAAAAAAGAUAUAGCUCAAGCUGCAAUUAUCAAGGUGCGCAAAGAUAUCCUCAAGAACAAGUAUCCAACUUGGCAUCCAAAUUUCAAUCAAAUGGAAGAGAAAAAUCUCAUUUCUUUCAUUACUAGCAUAGAGGAAAAGAUUCAAGUUUGUAAUGGAAAAAUUAGCAUGCUUAAAGAUAUGCAACAAAAUGACACUAAUUUCUUGCAAAACACUCCUCACAUGCAAAUUAUGGUACAAGAGAAUGUUACCAUACCUCAAAUGCAACAACAAAUUCAUGCUCCUAUGAAAUCAAUUGAUGAUAUACAAGCUGAGAAUGUUACCAUACCUCAAAUGCAACAACAAAUUCAUGCUCCUAUGAAGUCAAUUGAUGAUAUUAGUGAGAUGGUGGUACAAGAGAAUGUUUUCAUACCUCAAAUGCAUGCCCCUAUGAAGUCAAUUGAUGAUAUUAGUGAGAUGAUGGUACAAGAGAAUGUUAUCAUACCUCAAAUGCAACAACAAAUUCAUGCUCCUAUGAAGUCAAUUGAUGAUAUUAGUGAGAUGGUGGUACAAGAGAAUGUUUUCAUACCUCAAAUGCAUGCCCCUAUGAAGUCAAUUGAUGAUAUUAGUGAGAUGAUGGUACAAGAGAAUGUUACCAUACAUCAAAUGCAACAACAAAUUCAUCCUCCUGUGAAGUCAAUUGAUUACAUUAAUGAGAUGAUGGAUUUCACCGAUCUUGUUGAUUUGCCUCCUAUUUCAUCAACAAAGCAACUUGGUCAAUUUGUGGAGUGUGGUAAUCAAGUGUUUAAUCAUGAUACUCAACUUGUUGAUCCUAUUGAUUGGACUAAUUAUCUUGAUCCUGAUAUUUUCAACUGGGCUAGUAACCCAGAUGAGCUUUCUUGCAAAGAUAUUUCAACUAGGUGA